UCUAUCCAAGUAAUGAUGGCAUUCCCUGAGGGUUUGGUAUUGCUCUUAAUUCUGCAGAUUUUCACAGGAAGCACCACAGGGGCGCUUGUCUCCAGCUGUUAUGCAUGUCAUGAUGAAGCUGCCUGCCUUGUGUCUAAAGAAAGAGGUGAUACUUUCUCCAGCCAGGUGUUCUCCUGUGUCUGUAAAGAUGGCUUCAUAGGUGAUGGUCUCACCUGUUAUGAUGUAAAACUCUGCGGUGAAUCCUCCUGCUGUGAAGAAGGUUAUCAGUGGUCACCCGAUGAGGGCUGCAUGGACACUGAUGAGUGCUCUCUCAAAGAGUCACCAUGUAAACCAACGCAGGUUUGCCAAAACACUCCAGGCUCCUUCUUAUGCUUGAAUCCUUCCCCCAGCAACAGGCUAGGUCUGUCCUCCAAGUCUGUCCAGUUCAGCUGUGGCCCCACUGUGUGUCCUUUAGGCAUGGACUGCAUCAACACAAAUGGGACUUUACACUGUGCUAACCCCUGCCAACACUACACUGAGCUGCAUGAUGAGUGGCGUUCUACGAAUGAAACAUACACUGACACCCCACGCUGUGACCAACAUGUAAACUGGCAGGGUUGGUAUCGGCUGUUUCUGGGGCAGGAGAGUGCUCAAAUCCCAGAGGGGUGUGUGGCUGAGCACAUGUGUGGUACCCAUGCUCCACUGUGGAUAACAACACCUCAUCCCACUGAGCAGGGUCAGAUUGAGCCUCGCACUGUGUGCAGUUCUUGGUCGGGGAGCUGCUGCCGUUUCUCCCCACACACUAUCCAUGUCAAGCGCUGCUUUGGAGACUACUACGUCUACAAACUUGUGAGACCAUCCGCAUGUAACUUAGCUUACUGUGCAGAGGUAAACAGAACAGCUCCUGAAGUCCCUGUAACUACUCCUGAACCAAGGACAGAGACCUCUGCUGCAGGUCUGAUCCCCACCUCAACACCAGACAACAGUUCAGCAGUUGAGGGUGAAAUCCGUUUGGUAAACGGGAAUAACUCAUGCACUGGCAGAAUAGAGAUCUUCCACCAUGGACAGUGGGGGACGGUGUGCGACGAUUACUGGGACCUGGCUGAUGCUCAAGUGGUGUGCAGACAGUUGGGCUGUGGCAAGGUUCUGUCAGCACCAGGAGUUGCCCGUUUUGGACAGGGCAGCGGACCCAUCUGGAUGGAUGAUGUCUCAUGUACAGGAAGAGAAUCUAAGCUUUCCCAAUGCAGGCACAGAGGGUUGGGAAUCCACAACUGUGGUCACAAUGAAGAUGCUGGUGUUGUGUGUGAUGCUGCCAUACCAGUCAGGCUGGUCAACGCUAGCAGACGCUGUGAUGGCAGAGUUGAGGUCUACCACAAUGGUCAGUGGGGCACAGUGUGUGAUGAUAGCUGGGACCUGAGGGACGCCAAUGUGGUGUGCAGACAGCUGGACUGUGGUCCUGCUCAAGCUGUACUGUGGGAAGCAUCUUUCGGACAGGGCAGCGGACCCAUCUGGUUGGACGAAGUGGGUUGCUCUGGUGAUGAAACAUCAAUAAGCGAGUGUAGACAUCAAGGGUUUGGAGUUCACGACUGUAGUCACAGGGAAGAUGCUGCUGUUUCAUGUGAUGCUGGCAUAUCGGUCAGGCUGGUCAACUCUAGCAGCCGCUGCGCUGGCAGAGUUGAGGUCUACCACAAUGGUCAGUGGGGAACAGUGUGUGAUGAUAGCUGGGACCUGAGGGAUGCCAACGUAGUGUGCAGACAGAUGGACUGUGGUCCUGCUCGAUCAGCACUGUCAAAUGCAGCCUACGGACAGGGCAGUGGACCCAUCUGGUUGGACGAAGUGGGUUGCUAUGGUGAUGAAACAUCAUUAAGCCACUGCAGACAUCAAGGGUUUGGAGUCCACGACUGUGGUCAUGUUGAGGAUGCUGGUGUCAUCUGUGAAGAAUUCCCCACAGUUUCACCGACCACACCUGAUCCAAGACCUGAGCAUAAUAUCACCACAACCUCGACACCAGACAACAGUUCAGUGGUUGAGGGUGAAGUCCGUUUGGUAAAUGGGAACAACUCAUGCACUGGCAGAGUAGAGAUCUUCCACCGUGGACGGUGGGGGACGGUGUGUGACGAUCUCUGGGGCCUGGCUGAUGCUCAAGUGGUGUGCAGACAGUUGGGCUGUGGCAAUGUUCUGUCAGCACCAGGAGUUGCCCGUUUUGGACAGGGCAGUGGACCCAUCUGGAUGGAUGAUGUCUCAUGUACAGGAAGAGAAUCUAAGCUUUCCCAGUGCAGGCACAGAGGGUUGGGAAUCCAUGACUGUGGUCACAAUGAAGAUGCUGGUGUUGUGUGUGAUGCUGCCACACCAGUCAGGCUGGUCAACUCUAGCAGACGCUGUGCUGGUAGAGUUGAGGUCUACCACAAUGGUCAGUGGGGCACAGUGUGUGAUGAUAGCUGGGACCUGAGGGACGCCAGUGUGGUGUGCAGACAGAUGGACUGUGGUCCUGCUCGAUCGGCACUGUCAAAUGCAGCCUACGGACAGGGCAGUGGACCCAUCUGGUUGGACAAUGUGGGUUGCUAUGGUAAUGAAACAUCAGUAAGCGAGUGCAGACAUCAAGGGUUUGGAGUCCACAACUGUGCUCAUUUUGAAGACGCCAGUGUCAUCUGUGACGAUCGACCAGAAUUCCCCACAGUUUCACCGACCACACCUGAUCCAAGACCUGAGCAUAAUAUCACCACAACCUCGACACCAGACAACAGUUCAGUGGUUGAGGGUGAAGUCCGUUUGGUAAAUGGGAACAACUCAUGCACUGGCAGAGUAGAGAUCUUCCACCGUGGACGGUGGGGGACGGUGUGUGACGAUCUCUGGGGCCUGGCUGAUGCUCAAGUGGUGUGCAGACAGUUGGGCUGUGGCAAUGUUCUGUCAGCACCAGGAGUUGCCCGUUUUGGACAGGGCAGUGGACCCAUCUGGAUGGAUGAUGUCUCAUGUACAGGAAGAGAAUCUAAGCUUUCCCAGUGCAGGCACAGAGGGUUGGGAAUCCAUGACUGUGGUCACAAUGAAGAUGCUGGUGUUGUGUGUGAUGCUGCCACACCAGUCAGGCUGGUCAACUCUAGCAGACGCUGUGCUGGCAGAGUUGAGGUCUACCACAAUGGUCAGUGGGGCACAGUGUGUGAUGAUAGCUGGGACCUGAGGGACGCCAGUGUGGUGUGCAGACAGAUGGACUGUGGUCCUGCUCAAUCGGCACUGUCAAAUGCAGCCUACGGACAGGGCAGUGGACCCAUCUGGUUGGACGAUGUGGGUUGCUAUGGUAAUGAAACAUCAGUAAGCGAGUGCAGACAUCAAGGGUUUGGAGUCCACAACUGUGCUCAUUUUGAAGACGCCAGUGUCAUCUGUGACGAUCGACCAGAAUUCCCCACCGUUUCACCGACCACACCUGAUCCAAGACCUGAGCAUAAUAUCACCACAACCUUGACACCAGACAACAGUUCAGUGGUUGAGGGUGAAGUCCGUUUGGUAAAUGGGAACAACUCAUGCACUGGCAGAGUAGAGAUCUUCCACCGUGGACGGUGGGGGACGGUGUGUGACGAUCUCUGGGGCCUGGCUGAUGCUCAAGUGGUGUGCAGACAGUUGGGCUGUGGCAAUGUCCUGUCAGCACCAGGAGUUGCCCGUUUUGGACAGGGCAGUGGACCCAUCUGGAUGGAUGAUGUCUCAUGUACAGGAAAAGAGUCUAAGCUCUCUGAGUGUGGACACAGAGGGUUGGGAAUCCACAACUGUAAUCACAAUGAAGAUGCUGGUGUUGUGUGUGAUGCUGCCACACCAGUCAGGCUGGUCAACUCUGGCAGCCGCUGUGCUGGCAGAGUUGAGGUCUACCACAAUGGUCAGUGGGGCACAGUGUGUGAUGAUAGCUGGGACCUGAGGGAUGCCAGCGUGGUUUGUAGACAGAUGGACUGUGGUCCUGCUCAGUCUGCACUGUCAAAUGCAGUUUACGGACAGGGCAGUGGACCCAUCUGGUUGGACAAUGUGGGUUGCUCUGGUGAUGAAACAUCAAUAAGCGAGUGUAGACAUCAAGGGUUUGGAGUCCACGACUGUAGUCAUUUUGAAGACGCCAGUGUCACCUGUGAAGACCGUAGACCUCAUAAUGCUCAGCUUAUCUGUGGUGCUGAUAAACUUCAAAUGAGACUGGAUUUGGUUGACCCCACCUCAGGGUUGAACCCACUCUCUGGAAACUUGGCAUCACGCAACUGCUCCUGGGUCAGAGUUCAUAAUAUGGUAGUGUGGUAUGAAGUGGCGGCCUUGGAAGGUGCUUGUGGAAACAUGCUGACGAUCAAUGUCACACAUGCAAUCUACUCCAACACUUUAUUUCUCUACCCUGCUGUUAAUGGGUCCUUCAGCGUUCCUGUGAGCAUCCCCUUCUCCUGUGCUUAUCCCCUGGAAACAGAUACUAGCCUGAAUGGGGUUAUCAGACCAGUCCUGCCGACCUCAAGCGGGCUGUCAGGCUUGGCUGCUGAACCGACAGCCACCAUGUCUCUUUAUCGCAACUCUGCCUUCACCCAGACUUACCCAUCUGGUGCAGUCAUCAUGCCAUUGGGUUCACCUUUGUACAUUGGUGUCUCUGUGGCAGGCAGAGAUCCCAGAUUUGUUGUAGUUCUGAAGGACUGUUUUGCCACUCCAUCACACUUCCCUCAAGAUCCCAGGAAAUACUAUUUCAUCCAGAACAAGUGUCCCAUCAGUCGCCAACAAGUCUCUGUGAUUGAGAGCGGCCAUUCUCGCCGUGCUAGAUUCUCGGCCCUGCUCUUCUUGAACCAAAACCAAUACAGAGACAUGUAUCUUCACUGCAACAUCAGCCUGUGUUACAACAUCAUGAGAUACUCCUGCAUCCCGCACUGUCCAAGAAGGACCGCUCGCUCUGUUUCCAGCUCUGAUGCCACUGAGCAAGUCACCAUUGGACCAGUUAUUUAUGUUUAGGGGAGAAGCUGCCUGCAUGAGCUGGUAACACACAUUUCAUAAUGUGGUAUUAGUUUAUUUUUGCACUGCUUUUUAUUUACAAAAAUAUCAAGCUAUUAAGACUGGUAACAGCAUUCAUGAUCAAAUUUUACCAUGAUUUUGGACAUUCGUCUGUUCUGAAUACUCU